AGGGAAGGCGUCUGCUCAGUUAUAAACGCCACAACUGUAGGCUACGUGUUGGAGGGAAGCCACAAGAAUCUUCUCAGGUGUUGAUCUUUGUGGCUCUAUUGGCGCUACCAAGUUCAUUUGAACCUUUAAAUACCAACACAGUUCAAUUUAUCUCUCACAUAUACUGGCGUUUAUCGAGACAACGGGAGGCGCUUAUAGUGGUAGCUAAUAUCGAUCACAUUCUGUCGAAUUUUGAGGAGUUGCAGAGAGUGUAGUGAAUAAUGUCAGCCCGCGGGAUAGCCAAGAAGAGGCAGAAGAAUGUCAGCAAGUCCCAAAGAGCAAAUGUCCUGUUUCCUGUGGGUCGUCUGCACAGAUACAUGAAGGCUGGCCCAGGCACACGCAAACUGAGGAUAGGUGUUGGGGCGCCUGUCUAUGCCGCCGCUGUCAUAGAAUACCUCACAGCUGAAGUCCUCGAGUUAGCAGGAAAUGCUGCGCGUGACAACAAGAAAACCCGCAUCACACCAAGACACAUUCUUCUUGCCAUUGCCAAUGAUGAAGAGCUACACCAGUUACUACGGAACGUUACCAUUGCCUCGGGAGGAGUCUUACCCAAGAUCCAUCCAGAGCUGCUGGCAAAAAAGAAAGGUGGAAAGUUUGUCACUGGGGGCAACACACCUGUUACUGUACCAUACAAAAAACCCAUCGCAACUAAACCACCUGCACAUAAAAAGAUGACAACAACCAAAAUGAAUGGGAACGUCAGUGGGGCAACUGCGGCGAGUAACACCACCACAACCAUGGCCAAUGCUAUGUCACUGCCCAAGUCUCCAAACUCUGCCACUAACGUCACAUCCGGUUCAGCCUCACCACUGAAGCUGAGAGCAAAGGGGAAAGAUAUGGCCCCUGUACAGCUACCGUCCGGAACCUUUACCGUGCUCUCAGAGAAGAAGCUCUUCCUUGGACAGAAGUUGACAGUGGUACAGUCUGACAUAUCAACAGUGACAGCAGAUGCUGUUGUUCAUCCUACCAACUCCAAUUUGGACUUCCUGGGACAGGUGGGACAAGCCUUGAGUAAAGCUGGCGGCAAGGAACUAGUGCAAGAAGUUAGAGACUUGGCCAACUGCAACGGAGCUUUACCGUCCUGUGAUGUGGCUGUCUGCAAUGGGUGCAAACUUCCUGCCCGCUGGGUCAUCCACGUUAAUGGGCCAACUAAUGGAGAUGUAGAUGCUUUUGACAAGUUGGAACGUUGUGUCAGGAACUGCCUGGUACUAGCAGAUACCCGAAACCUCAAAUCCUUGGCUCUCCCCUCCAUUGGAAGUGGGGCGGCUGGAUUCCCCAAACAACAAGCUGCACAAACCAUCAUCAAGUCCAUUUGUAACUACUUUGUCAACGUCAUGUCCUCAUCCUUGAAACAGAUCUAUUUCGUCCUCUACGACAUGGAAAGCAUUGGGGCUUACACAGCAGAACUAGCAAAGUUGGAUUCUAAGUGGUGAGAGUGUAACGAGUCAUAUCUCUUGACUGUGUACACCUUAACUAUCUUCUUUUGCUUCACGUGUAGCUGUACCUAACCUGACCUGACCUGACCUAUCCUAACAUAAUCCUUACUCAGUAUAGAAAGAUUAACUAGCCUAUUGGUAUUAUAUCAGUUACUGCACUAUGUGGGCAUUCUUGUGUGAGGUACUAUGUGGCCAUUCUUGUGUGGGGUGCCAUGUGGCCAUUCUUGUGUGAGGUGCCAUGUGGGCAUUCUUGUGUGAGGUACCAUGUGGCCAUUCUUGUGUGAGGCACCAUGUGGGCAUUCUUGUGUGAGGCAUCAUGUGGGCAUUCUUGUGUGAGGCACCAUGUGGCCAUUCUUGUGUGAGGUACCAUGUGGCCAUUCUUGUGUGAGGCACCAUGUGGGCAUUCUUGUGUGAGGCACUAUGUCGGGAUUCUUCAUUGCUUUAGGUUUUGGUGAUUUCAGGUUUCAUUUGUCAUACAACUGUACAGUAGAUGAAAUAUUGAAUCCGUUUUGGUAAUUACAUUCUCUCGCGUUCACUCACUAACAUCUCCAGUUAACACAGAUUACAUUAUCAAAAAAAUACCUACUUGACUGCUUGUGUACAGAGGCCAUAUAUAUUGUCCAAGUCGUAAAAGAUUCACCAAUAACACAUUUUUUGGUCUAUCAAUGUCUGGUUUGGUUUAAGACCUGUGCUAACCUUUCAUCCAUGAGUAAAGACAAGAAUAAUUAAACCCUUGAAAAUGUUUAUAAAUAUUUUGUGGUGGUGGUACAGUAUUACCAUUAUAUUUGCUAUUUGGUGUCUGUAAUGUUAUUUGACAAUCAUUACACACUAAUACAUGCCAGCUCCUCCUUCACCAGUACCCAAGAGUGUUAAGAUUUUUUACAAUAAACAUAAUUUCACAUAGGUUGUCUUCAGUACUUUAGGUUUCAAUAGUGUUUGGUGUAUUCUACUGUGUGUCACGGCACUCUAGGUAAAUCAUGCAUAUUCUCCUGCUCUUCUAACACUACAUGUCUUUUGCUUGAGUGUUCUUUAAUAUUAUAGCUGAAAACCUCUCAGUAAUUAGUGUAAGUAUAAGAAAAUUGUGGGUUAUAAGUGUGUGUGUGUGUGUGAGCAUGAAGACGCACUCAGGGGGCUGGGUAUGUAUAUGUGUGUGAACAUUUAAGUGAACACAAGAGGGACAAGAUGAUUGCAAAUUUAUUGAAUGACAACUUCCCCCCCCAGCUAACAUAUUUGGUUGUUAUUAUUCCCUUUCAAACAUCAGAGGCAGGAUGUCUAGUCAAUUUUCUCUUUAAUUACUUACUCGUUAAGUAAUCCUUUACUUUGGAAGUUGGAAGAUUGUCGCAGUUGAACUCUAGAAUUCUUCUGUAUAUGUCUAGCCAAUUAAAUUUCACCCCUGCUAACCUUUUAGAAACACAACAAUUUCUUACUGUUCAGUUUGUAUUGUGCAAUUUUGUGUAACCAUAUCUUUUUAUUAUCUUCCAGAUGUGCAAGUGUAUGUCACUAUGUGUAUGGAUUUUUUAAAAGCCUCAAAAGUUACAGUACAAGAUAACUCUCCUGAUGACAAAAUCUACAGGACUUAAGCACAGCUCAAAAUAGCCUCGGCAUAAUAACCGGACCGUCUACGUGGGACGGCACUUUUCUCCUGGCUGAGUUCAUCAAAUAUUUAUUACCAGAACCGUUGUGGAAAGUCAUCAUAGUUCAAAGGAGAGUUCUUAAUGGUGGAUUUUUAGUAUCAGUCAUUUCAUGCACACCUUGUCAGUUCUUUCAUAAUCAUAUGAUUUUUACCAGUGAUUUUCUUUCAGUAACUAGUUGAAGGAUGGCUUACCAGCCUCAUAUGUCAGUACCUGUGUAACACUAAUUGGUUUUAAUUUAAGUAAAAUACAACAGAAAUAUGGCAAUUAGUAGGGGCAGUUUUCAAAAGAUAAUACUGAUCAAGUAUGAAUGUGUCAUGUGAUACAAUACUAAAGUGAAGUGCAGAGGAGUAGUGAAGAGAAAUGCACUCCAGAAGCUUUCAUAUAUGUUAGUGGUGUUACUGCAGCACUGUACUGAACAUGAGGCUUGCAGGGCAUCAGGUGAUAGCUCAAGUGGUAAAGCAGAGAGGUCCUUGAGUCUUUAAGAUCAUACUUGAAUUUGUUAUUGAUAUUAGAUUUUUUUAUUUGAAUAUGAGGAAGAAAGACUUGCGGUAGGUAAUGCAACUGGUACAUUAUGUUGUUGGUGUCCUGGACUGAGGCUUGUGUUUUAAUUGAUAUUGGAUCAAGGAUAUAGUGUCGAUAAUUAGAGGGAGGAGAGAAUUGGAGAGUUUCUUGUUGGCCACGUAGGUCCUGUUUUGUGAAGGAAUUCGUACUUAUAUAUACUUUAUUAUUUACAUUGGUGCUCGUUGUUCCAAAAAAGAAGAUACGUAGUUAAAUUGAUUUUGUGAUAAUUUGAGAUCCAGCAUGAGAUUGCUAUUGUUUGUUGUGGUUUUCCUGUGAUUGGCAUUUGAGGUGCUCCAUUUGGAGGUGAUAUAAAGUAUAGUUUAUUAAUUUGUGAUUCUUUAUUAGUCAAACUUUAUGGAAGAAAGAAUUGCGUGUUAGAAGGUUUAUGAGUGGUAUAUGGGAUACAUGUUGACAGGUGAUAAGACUAGUCUUGCAUGUGAGGGGAGCGACCAGGAUUCAUUUCUGGACAGAUUAUAUUAUUAAUGAUUUAUUAAUGUAUUUCAUGAAGAGUUCACUACAAAGACUUUUACCCAGAAUUUAAUCCAUCUCAGUUUAGUUAUGAAAUAGUUUUGUGUAACAGUACUUAUUCAGUAGGAUAUUUUGUGGGUAUAUCAUCAAGGAUUUUAUGUACCGGGAAUUUUGGGUUCUAGAUAUUUCACUAUUCAGAAUUUUUGGAACAGUAGAAAUCUUGACUAAGACCUUUAGUACCAGACUUAUACAGUGUAGAAUUUUGCAUAAGAAAAACAAAUGCAACCCAAAAAUUUGCGUGAUACAUCAGGACUGCCGAGAAUUUUGUGUAUCACUACAUGGGGUAUCCAGAAUUUUGUGUUACUUCACAUGAAAUACCCAGAAUUUAUUGUAUCCAGAAUUUUGUGUACCCCAAUGCAGUAUUGGUAUCCCAGAAUUUGGUGUACUGUACUGUACCUCAUUACUGACUGCCCAUCUUUUAUAAACCAAGCCUUAAAUCACUUUUGGGUGUCAAUGUCUGGGGUUGAAAGCUGGUUAAAUACUUAUCUUAAGCUUUUAUAUUUACAUGAAACAUUGAUAAUGUGUCUCUGGGAUAAAAAAAAAUCACUGGGUUAGGGAGAUGUGUUAUAUUUCCCCAACCCAGGUGAAUUUUGUUAUUAUUGUAUAGUGAUAAUGUUAAAAGUUCACAGUUGAUGACACCAGUGAUAUUUUUUCCCAUCGACACACUAUUAAUGUCCUGUACACACAUAGGCUCAAAAUAAAGCCGUGUGCCGCUGUUGAACCCCAGAAUUUGACUCCUGAAAGUUUUAUGUGAUAAUACUGUGGAUGUUUGGUAAUGUACACAAUAAGACCAUGAUAAUCCAAGGCUGUUUAAAUCUCACUGCGAGACAGGUAUGGGUAUGUUCCAGGUUAUGUAGGAUUUUUUUAUUUAUUCUAGUACAUAAUAUCUGAAAUUGGGAUGUAUAGUAGUACACAAGAAUGAAAAGAGAAUUUUUCUGAAGGCAUUAAUAUUGCAGCUAAUCCUCUCCUUGCUGUGUAUUCCAAUAACAACACUUAACACUUACUUUUCUCGUUAUAUUGUGUACCUCAGUUUGACCGUGUGGUAAGGAAGAGGUUGAUGCAGCUGUUCCACUCUUUAUAAUUAGGAAUGAUGUAAAGUUUGUUAAACCACUGAUGAGGCAGCACAGCAUCCCUGAUUCUUGACAGUUACUCACUGUGUGGAGGAGACUUUCGCCUGGUACUAUGAUGUCUGCCUAGUGUUCUGCUCUAAUGUUUUUCUGCAGUUCCUGUCUCUCUCAUGCUGGUUUAAACUUCCUUAUCAGUAGUAAGCUGUAUUUUAUAAGAUAUAAUGUUGGUAUUAUUAGAGUAAAAUCCACAACAAUUUGAAGAAUGUGCUACAGCCUAGCCAUGCAUAUAUGGUGAGUACAUUUUAUGAAGAGAAACUAUUCAUCCAUGUAUUUUGUUAGUUAUAAUAUUCCAAAGACUUAACCCAGUUUGAACCAUGUAUCAGUGAUAUGAUUGUUAACCAACUGUUUAAUGACUAUGCAUCUCUUGUCAGUCAUUUGUAUUUGGCAGAUGUGAUCACAACUGAUAUAGUUCUCCCAAAAUGUGAAUAUGCAACAAAAAUAUACGACUACAUUGACGUGGAGUCAAUAAGGAGUAUAGGUUGUUAUCUGGUGUGGUGUACAUCUUCAUGCAGGGAUCCCAUGAUAAGCCUCACAGUUUUCAUAUUGUUUGUAUAAAGCUCGCAGUGAUAGAUCUGAUAUGUUCACUUGCUCUCCUGUAAUUUAUGUUUUUUAUUUUUUUAUAUUGCCCUAAGUUAAAAAUUAUAUUUUAUCACCCAAACUAAUUCCAUGUAGUUUUGAAUCUGUUAUCCCAAGUGCCCACCUGUUGUUGGCCAACGAGGGAAUUGUGUUACGGUAGUCUUAACGUGAGGUUUGGACCCAAAUUCUCAAAGGCUUCUACAUAAAUG